GCUGGGACACUGCCACCCCCGCAGCCACCCUCUGCAUCCACGGCCUGCCAGGUCCACAUUACUACUACUACAUGGCAUGACCACAAGUGGCCCAACUCCAGUGCCAGCCUUCCAUCACUCCAUGAUGGAUACACACUCGCUGAUGUAAACAGUCUGCAGUCAGACCAUGGACCAGCGCAGAGCUGGUUUUUGGUCGUAUUUGCAGGCCAGACGUGCGUGUGUUUGUGUAUGAUGACCUGUCUUGCGGCCAGCGACCGGAGUGUGCGCAGCGUCUUGUCUUCAAAUGCACAUGAGCAAUGCUGCAGGGCUGUUGUUUUUUUUUUUUUUGUUGUUGUCCUACAUUUCUUCAUACGUUGCAACACCUCUGACCACAAGCUGCUCGCUGGUUCAGAUCAGCUGAGGAGUCCUGGCUGUGAGGCUGCUGGGAAGUUUAUUUAAGGGACACAGUGAGGGAGAGUUCAAAUUAGCAUUCUUUUAAUUAAAACAGAAGGUGGAAGUUUUAUUAUAGCUGCCUCGCAUGCAGAAGGUUGUGGGUUUGAUUCCACCUAGUUCCAAAUCCCAUUGUAGGCUGCAUCAGGAAGAGCAUUCGUUGUAAAAACUGUGCCACAUCACUACAGAAACUACUGCUGAGCUGAGCCCUAAUGAUGGAGGAUAACAGUGAACCUAUGGCCUGGUAGAGAAUUGGGUGACUCCGGUGAAGUAGAACUGAAGGUGGUUAAUUUGCUAUUGUGACACAGCACACCACUGCACGCAACAAAAUGUGACCUCUGCUUUUAACCCAUCUCCAUAGGGAGCAGUGUGUGGGGAUGGUGCACCUCAGUAGCACCUAGGCAGCUUUGCCACCAUAGCCCCACUGGGUAGUUGACUGGGUAGUUGUCUUCCGCAGUAGAGAAAGGCCCUGUCAGUGGUCGACAGACUGUAAGAAGAAUAAUGUAAGAAGAAAAUAAUAAAAAUGUGCAAACAGACAAUCAAGCGAUUCCACCCCAGGCACCCAGGUUACUUUACCCUGUAAAGGAGGGUUAGCGUGACUGGUUCCCUACAGUCAGGCAGCAGAUGUUGUCAACUUUCUACUGCUGAUUAGAAAACACACUCAGCCGCAGAGACUCAAGCGUGUUGGUUAUGUGAGGUAAAAAGAAAGUGGAUGUCGGCCACGUCCCACUUUUUACAUCCUGGUUAUUAUUUAGAAACAAAAAUGCUGGAACUUCCUGCCGUACAUACGCACACGGUCCACUCGACUGCCUGUGUUGAACCACCUGUGGUGUUCUGCACCAUUUCUUUCUGGUAGCACAAUUGAAAUCAGGCUGCGGACUGGACUAAGACAUAACACAAUAUUUGGUUAGACUUAGACCGUGGACCUUUGCUUUGUUUAGACCUGUCUGACAGCUUCAGUGGACCUUGUUUCACUAAUUUGUUUUUUUCUCAAGCUGCACAGAUGCCAAAGGCAGCAAAUGGUCUUUUUAAACUUUCUGACCCUCAAACCAGACCCCAAAAAACACGCCCAGCGCAAAAUAUUUACCCCCGAGCAGCAGCUUUGACCACAAUUAUAGCUUCAGUUUCCUGUUUUUAUGUCACCUUCAAUGACUGUAAAUCCCGCCGUCAUUUUUUUUAAGACUUCACCUUCAGAUGAAUUCACCUCGCCGUCCUGUUACAUAACCCUCAAAAUAUUCUCUCCAAGGCCGAAGAGCUGAAUGAAAACAUUUGAUUGCCUCGAAGAGAAUCAUUAAAUGAGUCACAUUUUUCAAAGAAUAAUAAUCCACACUUCUGCACACGGCGAGACGCAGGAGCUGGUGGUGGUCUGCAGAACUUUUCCAUGUUUCUUCUCUGCGGUGAUGAUGGCAGAGACGCCAUUAGUCCCAGUGGUAGUGGUGUCAUAGUUUCCUGCACAGCUGCUGUGAAGAAUAUGUGCCAGUGUCUCAGGCGGAGUGACUGUCCACGUGUGAGGACUCAGUUCUCAGUUUUGUAUAUCUUUUUGUAGGUAGUUCUCUUAUGUUUUGUGAUGUUAGGCCAUAAUGUCCAUAUGAACCCCACGUAUGUUUACUGCCAUUCUAGUGCAACGACGACGUGGGUUUGAAUUAAAAGGCCAAUACAGCUGUCCAUUUGUCAAUGUGAAGUCUACAUUGGAGGGUACAUGCUAGCAGCUUACACACAAAGUGCUGAAAACUUGCGUUCCUAUCAUUGGAUAAUCAGUCAUUUCAUUACCCCUUGGUUGAGCAUGUAAAAUAAUUUAUAUGAAAUCACAUGAUUAAUGCUGCAUACACACACAAUAGAUCUUAGUAGAACGGCGGCCAUAGGGCGAUCCAUGUUUACCAUAAAGGCCACUGAUCUAAAUCAGGAUUUCGUGUCAUGCACAGACAGUUUUGAGCAGUGAGUUGUUCAUGUUUUUCCACUUACAGUGCAAGUUUUCUGCCCAUCAUGACGACUGAUUAACUAAUUCCCUUCUCUAACAGGAAGCUGUUUUGUGUGAGUUGGAAAAUCAUGUGAGGGUUUUGCACCAUCCAGCUGAGUGUAAGAUUUUGUAAUGAUGUAAAAUAGCUGACCUGAAUUUGAGACGAUCAAAGUGACAGUACUGGCUAUAAAUACUGGAUCUGUUUAUUGGAAUGAGAAUGUUUGGAACAGUGCCUUUAAGACUUUGGGAUCUUUGGUAUUUCUAUCAAUGAAUCAGUGAGCCAUCGGGCUGACUGUGAUUUUUUUUUUUUUUUUUGAUUUAGGACUGGGUAUGUGAAUCUGGUCUGUAGUAAUGGGCUGCCCACUGGGUCUGUGGUGAAAGGGUCAGAGGUGAAAGAGUUAAACAUUAAAAAGUGUGUCUGGCUGUGAGGCUGUCAUCCCAUUGACGGGAGUAGCUGGUGUUUUGGUAGACAUCCAGUAGAUGUGGGAGAAAGUGAGAGAGGGAGGGAGAGAGAGAGAGAGAGAGGGGAAUAUUUCCACCCACCCAAAAAGGAGACACACUCAUAAACAGGCAGCAGACUGAGGCAGAGUCAGAAAGACUCAGGAUCUCAGGGCAGCAGCAGUUCAAACAGCCAGGCAGACUCACACACAGAGACAGUUACAGAGAUUCACUGACAGAAGAUGUUUUAUUAAGAGGAAAGGAAGAAGUGACACACACACACACAUACACACACACACUCUGAUAACUGCAGUGUGUGCCAUCCAGAGAAACACACUGGGACCAGAUAGAACUAAGAGCUACAGAGCAAAAAAGGUGAUACACACACACAUACACACACAGUGUACUCGUUCUCCAUCCCUCCACACUGUUGCUGGUGCUGAGUUUGUGCAACAGCCGACGUGAGGUGAAGAGUUGUUCACUACCAACAAGCGGAGCAUCUGGGAGGAAGGAGCAGACGGGUGGAUGGAUGACUUCUGCAGACUCAGCGGUCUGGACCCUCUGUGGGACUGGAACCGUACGUGGUAUACAACCAACCCAGACCUGACCCAGUGUUUCCAGAACACAGUACUGGUUUGGGUUCCCUGCAUCUACCUGUGGUUGUUGGCACCUUUCUACUGCCUCCAUUUCUACUGCCAUGACCGUGGCCGAAUUCAGAUAUCCUGCCUCUGCUGUGCCAAGAUGGUCCUGGGUUUCCUCUUGGCCUCAUUUGGCUUCGUGGAGUUCUUCUACAUCCUGAUGGAGAGGAGCCAGGAGAUCCAGCAGCACCUGGUCUUCUUACUUGGACCCAUCAUACGCAGCAUGACUGUGAUUCUGGCCCUGUGCAUCAUCCAGUUGGAAAGAAUCCGGGGCUGUCGUUCUUCAGUCUUUCUUUUCCUCUUCUGGGUCUUGGCUGUCGUGUGCUCCCUGGUGCCUCUAAGAGCCAAGAUCCAGCUGGCUGUAGAUGAGGGCUUUGCCUCUGACAUUGUGCGACACCUCGCCUUCUACUCCUACUUCACCAUCCAAACGCUCCAGCUCUUUUUGUGCUGUUUUGCUGACCAGCCCCCAGUGGGAAAAACCAUCCUGGAAAAGAAUCCCUGUCCUGUGAAGGAUGCUUCAUUCCUGUCAAAGAUUCUCUUCUGGUGGUUCACUGGGCUUGUUGUGAAAGGAUAUCGCCGGCCCCUGGCAGCAGAGGACCUGUGGACCCUGAGGGGGGAGGACACCUCAGAGCAGAUCAUGGCGGCGCUUUAGCAGGCCUGGACAACAGAGUGCGCCAAACUUCAAAAGCAGGAGAAGGCGCUGGCGUCCAGCGUGGCAUUGGAAAGCAGACUCCCAGACCAGGCUCAACUCCUCAGGAAGCUGCAGAAGGAGCAAAGCUCUGGCUUCUUCCUGCUCAGGACGCUGACAAGAAA